GAUAUCGACAAUUCAAUCAAAAUCUCAUCUCAAUUAACUCCCCCUGUCUUUCUUUUAGUUUCCCCAAUUCUGAUCCUGGCCUUAAAAAUCCAAUCUUUACUGCAUUUUCCCUAAAUUUAAUUACUAUCGAAUCACAUUGAAAACAAAAUCCCUAAUUUAGAAGAAUCUGUGCGGAACCCACUCUUGUUUCCCCCCUUUUCUCCCAAACCCAUUUCUCAAUUUUCACUCUCCAACUCAAAUCAUCAUCUCUUCAUAAUCUAAUCAAUACCCAGACAUCGCCUUUUUUUUUCUUGAUUAUUACUUUGUAAUAUUUUUCUUGUUAGAUUCGAUGGCAGCUGUUUUGCGGUCAAAAUCAUCGAGAGAUAGAACCUCAGUUGCCAUCUCACAGUUCAGAUACUUCAUUCAGAACCAUUUGCACGCGGGUCGGGUCAACCAUUUCCAGUGGAGCUCCGGAUUCGACAAUAGCAGCUACCGAAGCAAUUCGAGUUUCAUCUCAAACCCCCCAUUCAAUAUGACUCCAUUCAAGCCCCCCUCUCCGCGCGGCGAUUACAUCGACAGCGGCAAAAACUUCCCUAAUUUCUUCAGGAAUAAGAGGAUAAUCGAGAAUUCUAGCUCUCAGGGGGACCCACCUGAGGUAUGGCAGCCACCUGGGGGUGGGGGCGACGGAAUUAUGGUCCGGCCGGGGGUUAAAUUUAUUCAUGUCGGUGAAGGUGACGGUUCCAAUUCGGGCUCCGGUGGUGGAUUCGGGUCGGGCCAGAAAGAUGGAAGCUGGGGCGGUUCGAAUCUAGGUCCAGAUUUUCCGACUCCAAAGGAAAUUUGUAAAGGGCUUGAUAAGUUUGUCAUUGGUCAGGAGAGAGCUAAAAAGGUUCUUUCUGUAGCUGUUUAUAAUCAUUACAAGAGAAUAUAUAGCGAUUCUUCGCAGAGGCCUGCAGAUGGCGGCAAAACCGAGGGUGCAGAUGAUGAAAAUGUCGAACUUGAGAAAAGUAACAUUCUUCUUAUGGGGCCCACAGGUUCAGGGAAGACAUUACUCGCGAAAACUUUGGCACGGUUGGUAAAUGUUCCUUUCGUAAUAGCUGAUGCAACUACACUUACUCAGGCAGGAUAUGUUGGAGAAGAUGUUGAGUCCAUUUUGUACAAGCUGCUUACGGUGGCAGACUAUAAUGUGGUGGCAGCUCAGCAAGGCAUAAUUUAUAUUGAUGAAGUUGAUAAAAUCACGAAAAAGGCAGAGAGCAUGAACAUUAGUAGAGAUGUCUCGGGGGAAGGCGUCCAACAAGCACUGUUGAAAAUGCUCGAAGGAACUGUGGUCAACGUACCAGAAAAAGGCGCUCGAAAGCAUCCUAGAGGUGACAAUAUCCAGAUUGACACGAAAGACAUUCUGUUUAUAUGUGGUGGUGCUUUUAUUGAUUUGGAAAAAACAAUCUCGGAAAGGCGUCAUGAUUCUUCGAUUGGCUUUGGUGCUCCUGUACGCGCAAACAUGAGAAUGGGCGGUGUUACAAGUGCUGCUGUGACAUCAUCAUUACUCGAAACUGUUGAAAGUAGUGAUUUAAUUGCUUAUGGUCUGAUACCCGAGUUCGUUGGACGAUUCCCUGUGCUAGUUAACUUGUCAGCUCUUACAGAGGAACAGCUUGUUCAGGUUUUAACAGAGCCUAAAAAUGCAUUAGGGAAGCAGUACAGAAAAAUGUUCCAAAUGAAUGGAGUGAAGUUGCAUUUCACAGAAGAUGCACUAAGACUAAUUGCUAGGAAAGCAAUAACUAAAAACACCGGGGCUCGUGGUUUAAGGUCCAUGCUGGAAAAUGUUCUGAUGGACGCUAUGUACGAGAUUCCUGACGAGAGAACCGGCGAUGAUAUAAUAGAUGCAGUAAUAGUCGAUAAAGAUUCCGUUGGAUCCGAGGGUCGUGGUUGUGGGGCCAAGAUUCUCUACGGCAAGGGAGCAUUGGACCGUUAUUUUUCCCAAAAUAAAGCGAACGAUUCUCAGGUGUCGUCUUCAGAAGGGUCGGAAGUGGAAAACGAGGUCGAACAAGAGUUUCCGUCUAUUGUUGCGUUGUAGAGUUCCAUUGUUCGGAUAUAUGUACAGGUACUAAUAAUAAAUAAGGUCACAUUAUUUUACCAGAUUUAGAAGCUCUCUUAUGUUGUUACUAAUUUUGUUGUAAUUUUAUUUUUAUUUUUAUACUCCUGUAAAUGGAUUUUUAAUUUUUAAUUUUUAAUUUUUAUCA